CUCUGCGGCUUUCGGAUUCCGAAAGAAUAUUGAACGUUAUGAGCUUCGCCACAGACGUGAAUUCGUAAGCAAUAUCCAUCGCGCACGUGUAAUUCUAUAGCCUGGAAAUCUUAUGGCUUCACGCACCUCGCAACGCGAUACCCAACGUGAUCUCUUUUUCCGAGAGGAUCGAAUUUACCAAUCGAUUACGACACUCGUGAAGUUCAAUAAUUCCAUAGGAAUUUCAAACGAUUCAAUUUCAUCGAACGUUUCUGAUGUCAGGAUUAUCAAAAAACAAAAAACAAUCACCGAGCAGCGUAACCCCGAAAAAAAAUUGAUUAAACACAUUAGGCAACUUAAUAGUGGAACAAAAUUUCAUGUAACACCCAGAUUAACUGCGAGAACAAUAUAUUAAUGCGUGUAAUGACGUAAUCUCUGGAAAUCCGUAAUCAGCAGGGCGAGGCAGGUCAUUCGGCCUGCCUUGCCAACAAGGAAUACAUUUCGAGCACAGUCAAACGGUCGAUCUUUCUUCAUUUUGCCAUGCAGCAGCAGGUUAACUGAAUAAUUAUGUACGCGGCACUCUCGCGAUUUUGCCUGACGAAUGCACAAAAGGUUUUCACAGCAUCCUUUGUAAUCGGAUACUUUGUGAAUGGACCAGUCAAGCUGCCAAAAGGCAAAAGGAAAAAGUCACGUAAUUUGGGACUGAUGGAAGCACCGUUUGAGCCUGUGCCGUUCAACUAUAAUAUUAAGCCCGGACACAAACCAAUCACUAGUUGGGAACUGUUGAUGACUCGUGCGCAAAACAUACAUAGACAUAAGACCGAACCCGGAUAUCAAGAUAUUCAAACAGACGAAAAGGAAUUGAAGCCCAUGCACUACAAUUACGACAGCAUGAAACAUAACUAUGCGCUUUAGUCUGAACUUGACAAGAUAAGCUGGAAAAAUCCAAAAUGAGUCUGAACGUUCGUAAUAAUUGUUAUAAAAUUGAAGUAACGUCAAUCAAUAAAGUUAAUUCACAACCCUGUA